CAUCCUCAUCCAGCAGCAGCCAUGAUGUGUGAUGGUGUCCCCAUGUUCCCAUAACCCUGUGUCCCCAUGCACCGUUUUCCCAUAUCCCCAUGUCCCUGUGUCACUGCGUUCCUGUGUCUCCAUGCCCUCAUGUCCCCAUAUCCCUGUGCCCCCCAGCUGCCACCGGCAGCGAUGAGGAGGAUGACUCUGAUGCCAGUACCAAACCUAUCCGAUCGGGUAAGAAGAAGAAUCCGGUGUCACUCUUCCAGACCGGUGGGGAGCCUCCCAGGGAGAGAAAAACCAGGAAGAAAGCUCCUAAAGCAGCAGACAGCGAAGAGGAGACCUUGGAGACACAGCAGAAGAACUCCAACAAGAAGGGCAAAGGGAAGAAAUCUAAAAAGAAGGAGGAGAGGCCACUGUCACCUGUCAUCGAGGUGGACAAUCUGGAGAAGUUUGUGCUGUCCCCAGCGCCACAGGGGGUGACCAUCAAGUGCCGGGUGACGCGGGACAAGAGGGGUAUGGACCGGGGCCUGUACCCUACCUACUACCUGCACCUGGAUAAUGACAAAAAGGUCUUCCUGCUUGCUGGGAGGAAGCGUAAGAAGAGCAAAACCUCCAACUACCUCAUCUCCAUCGACCCCACAGACCUGUCGCGGGGUGGGGAGAACUUCAUCGGGAAGCUGAGGUCCAACCUGAUGGGGACCAAGUUCACCGUGUUCGACAAUGGCGCUAACCCUGAUCGGGCCAGUGCUGACUGGUCCAAUGUGCGGCAGGAGCUGUCGGCUGUGGUUUAUGAGACCAAUGUGCUGGGGUUCAAAGGGCCCCGGAAGAUGACAGUCAUCAUCCCCGGGAUGAACUCAGACAACGAGCGGGUGCCCAUCCGGCCCCGAAAUGACAACGAUGGGCUUCUCAUGAGGUGGCAGAACAAGAACAUGGACAACAUUAUCGAGCUGCACAACAAGGCACCGGUGUGGAAUGACGAGACUCAGUCCUAUGUCCUCAACUUCCACGGUCGUGUCACCCACGCCUCCGUCAAAAACUUCCAGAUUGUGCACGGCAGUGACCCUGAUUACAUUGUGAUGCAGUUUGGACGUGUGGCAGACGACGCCUUCACCAUGGACUACAACUACCCACUGUGUGCCGUGCAGGCCUUUGCCAUUGCUCUCUCCAGCUUUGAUGGGAAGCUGGCCUGCGAGUAGCUCCAUGCUGUCCUGUCCCCAUCCGCUCCCCCGGUUCCUGUGUCUGGCACUGCUCCAUUGGGCACCGCUCCAUUGGGCAGCACUCUGUCAGGCACCGUUUUGUUGGGCGCUGCUUGCCUGGCUGUGGACACCUUCUCUGGGCACUGGUUACUGGUCUCAGGCAGAAGGCAAAGUUAAACUUGGAA